CCGACCUUCCCAACUAGCAUCGCAACCAUUGACGAUCGCCUCAAGUCAGCCAGCAUACCACAUACCGACCGCCAUGGAGUACGAACCGACAGCCGACGACGCAAAUGUCGACCUCGCCGGACCCGGCCUGCACGGCAAGCUGGAAUGCCGCGUGACGGACCCUCAGAAAGAGAACGAGGGCACACAGAACCCCUUCAUCUCCUACCUCGUCACCACCGACACAGACUUCAAGUCCUUUGUCAACCAGCACUCUCAGCUGCGCCGCCGCUUCACAGACUUUGUCUUCUUGCAAAAACACCUCACACGCGAAUACCCGCAAUGUGCCGUGCCGCCGCUGCCCGACAAGCACAAGAUGGAAUAUGUUCGCGGCGACCGCUUCGGCCCUGACUUCACUGCCCGUCGCGCACACGCUCUGAACCGCUUCUUGAACCGCCUCGCCUUACAUCCCGUCCUUCGUCGCGCUGCCCUGCUCGCCCAGUUCCUCGAAAGCGACUCAUGGAACUCGACCAUGCGUUCCCGAGCCGCCCGUGGCAUGAGCACUGGUGAGGCCACCGCUCCGAGCGUACUGGAAACAUGGACAGACAGCUUCCUGAAUGCAUUUGCCAAAGCACACAAGACAGACCGCCGCUUUGUCGAUGUUCGCGAACGUGCCGACAAGCUCGACGACGACCUCUCCACCGUUGCCAAAUCAGUCUCUCGCCUCGCACGCCGCGAAUCUGAUCUUGAAGGCGACUACGGAGAUCUAGCAACACAAUUCCAGAAACUCGCCCAGCUGGAACCUGGCGUGCAAAAUGAGCUCACCAGCUUUGGAUCAAGCAUACAAUCAAACUCGCAGGCAUGGAAAGACUUGCGCGAAUACACCGAUCAAGACUAUCUUGGCAGUCUACGUGACAUGGAAGCCUACAUUGCCUCUGUAAAAGCACUCCUCAAGACGCGCGAACAAAAACAACUCGACUUUGAAGGCUUGUCCGAAUAUCUGACCAAAGCCGCUAGCGAACGCGAUCAUCUCGCUUCUGGACCCAGCAUGGGCGCCUCUGGCUUCAUACGUGCCAAAAUCGAAGACGUACGCGGUGUAGAUCACGAAACGGCGCGCAAGGAACGCGUACGCAAGCUCGAGCUCCAAAUCGAACGUCUGCAGAAUGAAGUCGAGACGGCAAAGAAGACGAGUGAGGCCUUCGAUAUUGAAGUGGUCAAGGAGGUGGAUGACUUUGAACGUAUCAAGGCGACCGAGUUCCGCGAGACGUUGGGUGGGCUUGCGGAUGCCAAUUGCGAGUACUUCCGCUCUACUAUCGAUACGUGGCAGAAGUUUAUCGAUCAAUUGGAGCGCGAGCAAAGGGAGUCUACGACGAGUAGUUGAAAGAUCGAGUGAUAUUCUUGAUUCGAUACUACAAGUUUGAAGGGGAGGCCUUUUAGACCCGAGUGGCUUGGGAGAGAUACUAGAUAACGAGGAUAACCUGAAUGUGUAAUUAUGAUAAGCCCUUUUUUUCGUUGUUGUAAAAUGAGCGUGUUGAAUAGAAUAGGCAAAGGUGACAUUUUCUUGCCCAGGGUUCAGAGCUCAGCUUUCUGUCUCUUUGCUUUCCUGAGAUCCGCUUGUAGUACAAUCAUUGAUAUCAGAAUCCAUGCUCCCCCCAAUUUUCCAAAACCAUGCCACGCUAAGAAAGGCCCAUUUCUUCAUUCAGGUGCUGCAGGUGCUCAAUCGUCAAAGAAUGAAGCAUUACCAACCUCUGGAUCAUAAUUCUCAUGUCUAGCCUCCUUGAAUC